AACAAAUUAUCAUCCGUCGUCCCCGGACAGCACCUACACUAGCCCUUAUGCUGGAAAGGGCGAGCAAAGCCGCGGCGGCGAUUGCGGCAGCGGCCGCCAAGAAGGCGACAACUCAAGAAGGUCCGAUGAGCUAUCAGUUCACCUGGAAGGAGAAGUUGGCCAGUUAUAAGAACGAGUUCUCUAAAGGUGUGUGGGGUUAUUGGGAGCUCGGCGCCUGGAAGCCCCUUGCCCUUUCCGCCCGCAAGCGCGCCGCCAUCCGCAAGGAGGUUCUACUCGCCGGAGAGGUCUGGCCUUACGAUCCGCCUAAGAAGGAGAUGCGAAACAAGAGGAAAGGCCACAAGUGCGAUCGCGUUUCUGCUGAGAAGCGGGCACAUACUGCAGAGCUGAUGAAGAAGAUGCCCGAUAUUCUGUUGGAUUACAAG